AUCGAACUGCUCCCUUCUCGUUUUUACUAGGUGAUUCAUGGCUGCCUAGCCAAAUUACCAGAAU